AUGUCAGGACACCAGGAGACUAACGUUGACUGCUCCACUCAAAACAGAGAUGAGGAAGACCAAAGUGAUGUAACCGAUGCAAGACCAGACAGAAGGAGCAGAUUCUCACUUUUUGAAAAAAAAAGGAAGAAUGGAGAAGAGGAGCAGCCUAAGACCACUCUCAGUAAUCAGUACCGAAUUGUUACACCCACAUUCCAGUAUAAUAUGGACUACAAGAAAGUUGGGAAAUGUGUUAUUAUAAACAACAAAAAUUUUGAGGAGAAAACUGGAAUGGGCACACGCAACGGCACUGAUAAAGAUGCUGGAGACCUAGCCAAGAGCUUUAGAAACUUGGGUUUUGAGGUUUGCAUAUACAAUGAUCGAAGUCGUGAUGAUAUGGAAAAAUUACUGAAGCAAGCUGCUGAGGAGGAUCAUGGUGAUGCUGCUUGUUUUGCCUGCAUCCUUCUAAGCCAUGGGGAAGAAGGCCUUAUCUACGGCACAGAUGGACCCAUGGCAAUCAAAAGUCUCACUGCACUCUUCAGAGGAGACAAAUGUAAAAGCCUCAUAGGCAAACCCAAAUUAUUUUUCAUUCAGGCGUGCCGAGGCUCUGAAUUUGAUGAAGGGAUACAGACCGACUCUGGACCUGCAAAUGACAACCUGGAAACAGAUGCCAAUCCUAGAUACAAAAUUCCAGUAGAAGCAGAUUUUCUGUUUGCGUAUUCCACUGUCCCAGGUUAUUAUUCCUGGAGGAAUCCUGGAAGAGGCUCUUGGUUUGUGCAGUCUCUGUGCUCUGUCCUAAAUGAGCAUGGAAAACAACUGGAGAUCAUGCAGAUCCUCACACGGGUCAACUACGUGGUGGCCACGAAUUUCGAGUCGCAAUCGGAUGAUCCACGCUUCAGUGAGAAGAAGCAGAUUCCCUGCGUGGUCUCUAUGCUCACUAAAGAACUUUACUUCUGAAAAAGCUUAAAUGCAGCCAGUGGCAUGAGAUCAGGAUGUGCCAUUGACAGGGAGACUUGAUAAUAAAUCAUUGUAGCACAAUAGCACAUUUUUUAAUAUUAGAAAUGUAAUUAUACUUGACUUUUAUAUUGUAUAAGCUGGGGUUUCUGAAGCAUGGGUGAUAUGCAGGAAUUUAAUGAAGAAACAAAUGCCUUGGGCCAGUCUUACAGAGAGCACUAAUUACCAUGUCUUUAUUUCCCUUAGUGUGACUAUCUUGAUUUUUGGGUGCUGAAAACGUAUAUAUCCAACCUAUAAGCAAAGAAGGCUUCCAAAAUUACACCUAUCCUCCAUAUUAUUUCAUUCUCAAGAGAUGCUGUGAACUUUUCUUUUGUAAUCUUUAACUGUUAUGUCCCAUUAGUGCUUUUUGAUUAUUUAUCCCCCUACCACUUAAUGCUCCAUCUAAUUUCAUUCAUGUUUUGGUUGUUGAUUUUUCUUUUUAAUCUUACACUGCUCUUGAUGUUUCACCAAUAUGAAGAGGAAACCUUUCAUUGUUUGCUGCUUUAAAGGCUGAGUAGAAUAAAAAAAAAUGUAAUUUUAGAUAUCCAUGUUAGCAGCUACUAGGAGGAAGGACAGACAGAUCACAAAUUGGAUCAGGAUAGGAUUAAA